AUGUGCUAUUAUUUUCUAAGCUUCAUGUUUUUGAGCUUCCUUACAGAAAUUUCUAAAGGUGAGCCAUAUAUGAUACGUAUUUCUGGGCAGCCAGGAAAGUUUAAAUCCUCAAAAACAUUUGAUAUUCCUUGGAAGGAAUGUAUAGUGAAAUGUAGAACGGAUGUUAAGUGUGUGGUUGUCUACAAAAUGUCGGGUAUCAAAUGUCAGUAUUUUGAAUUCAAGAGUAUUUCAACUGUCCAACAAGCUGCUUUUGGAGGUGUUGAAAUAGCACUAAAGAUCCAACUAGCAGGGAAAAAAUGCCCACCUUCCAAUCCCAUGGUUCCUGGACCCAAUUCUUUCACUGAAAAAAUCAAUAAUCAACUUCACGCAACUACAGUAUCUUUGGAUUCUAAAUCUAAGCAUAUCUACAACCUGAACUACAAAGUCAUUAGCUGUCCGAAUUUAAUGAAACUAUUCCAAAGAGGAGAGACUACUCUAGUUUGUAUUGGUCUUUUCUUUUUCGAAGCACCUCGUUGUAAUAAUCAUGCGCAAGCAUCUGCACUUUGCAAAGCACAAAAAGGAACAUUGACUGGUCCAGCUAAUGCUGAUGAGUAUAAAUAUAUACAAAAUACAUCCAACUCCUCCAAGUACACCUCUAACCCCGACUCAUACACUUGGUUGACCUACUGGAUAGAUGGUGUUAGUACCAGUACAGAAAAAGUUUACAAAUUCGAAGACCCUACCCACAAUGGAAUUACCAAUUAUAAAUGGACUCCAGGUUCACCACAUCUUAAAGGACCUGGUCACUGUCUACAUAAUCCAGGCCCUCUUAAUUCAAAUGUUCAAGCAAUUUCAUGUUCUGACGCUGUGUGUACCCCAUGUUCAGUUUGUUGGAGAGGAGCGUUGUGUCAAGUUCCACCAAUAAUUGAAAUGUUUUGA